GCCCGACUGGCUGGGGGAGCUUGGCCGCCGCGCCUCCAUUCUCCUCGCCCGCAAACGAGCCUCUCUCGGCUCGGAGCGGGGCGGAGUUUGCAACCCCAACGCGCCUCCGGGACUUAAAAGGGAAGGCUGAGACUCGCAGCCCUCCUUUGCCGCUCUCAGGAGGCUCUCGGACAGCGGCCCGGGGAGAUGGCUUCUUUCUACCCGGGCAAUCUGGCCCGCAGCCCCCGCCGGAGGAGCACCAGGACCUGCUGCCAGAGGUGCCUGCCUUCUCCCUGCGACGAGCCGCGAGCUAUGGCCAAGCAAGCCAGAUUGCCUCUGGCCCCAUCCUUGCCCACGGCCACCAUCAAGGAGGAGCUGCUGUGCCCCAUUUGUUACGAGCCCUUCAAGGAUGCCGUCACCCUCCGCUGUGGCCACAAUUUCUGCAAAGGUUGCGUGUGCCGCUCCUGGGAGGGCCAGGCCCGCCACGUCUGCCCGGUCUGCAAGGCGGCCUGCUCCCCGGAGGAGCUGCGCACCAACCACACGCUUGCCAACAUCGUGGAGAUGUUCCUCAGGCAGGAGAAGCAGCAGCAGCAGGUAGCGGCUGGAGAGGCGUCCGUCCUCUGCCCUGUCCACGGGGAGGAAGCUAAACUCUUCUGCCUGGAUGACAAGGACCUGGUCUGCUUUGUGUGCCAAAGCUCCAAGCAGCACGCGGACCACAGAAUGAAGCCUGUGGCGGAGAUGGCCAAGAACUACCGGGCAAAGUGUAAAGACAUGGAAAACUCCCUGCGGGACAAAAUGAAGGAAUUUGGAAGGAUGCAGUCCGAUUACAGGCUCAUUGCGAACCACAACAAGGCAGAAAGUGCUAGAGUGGAAAAGGAGAUUAAAAAGCAGUUUGAGCAACUGCAUGAGUUCCUGCAGAAUGAGGAGAAGACCAUGUUGGGGGAGUUGCGGGAGGAGACUCGGAAGAAGCAAGACCUGAUUGAAGACAAAAUCAAAAAGCUGUCAGAAGAAAGUGAUGACCUGCUUCAAGAGGUUGGCCAGCUGCAAGCUGACCUGAAGGAGGAUGAUAUCGCCUUCCUCAAGAAACACAAAAACCGGAAGCGCAGAAUUGCCUGGACAGUUGAACAGCCGGAAGCUAUUCCGCCGGGGACCCUCAUAGAAGUAACUAAGUACUUGGAUUCUUUGCAGUAUAAUGUAUGGAAGAAGAUGCUGGAUAUCAUCAAAGUUGUCCCAUUCAGCUUUGACCCCAAUACCUCUGCUAGUUGGCUGGAAGUUUCUGAUGACCUCACCAACAUUAGCACCUGCAACUACAAGCUGAUGGUGGAAGUCCCAGAACGCUUCUUCACUGGCAUGCCUUGUGUCCUGGGCUCCAAAAGCUAUUCCAAAGGGUCUCACACGUGGGAGGUAGAUAUUGGCAGCAUUGAGUAUUGGUAUAUUGGAGUAGCCAGGAAAUCCUGCGGCUACUAUUGGAGCUUCGGCUGCGAUUCCCGCCUGGGACUUGGGUAUAUGUACCGCAUGCAGGGAACCAGGAACAAGAAGAGCCAGUCCUCCCAGGCAGUCCUGUCAGAGACUGGGCGUGGAAAGAACCUCAAGAGAGUGCGAGUCGAGCUGGACUGUGAUGAAGGGGAGCUCUCAUUCUACAAUGCUGAGCAGAAGAGCCACAUCUAUACCUUCCAUGACAAAUUUGGGGAAGUCUUUCCAUAUUUCUGCAUCUGCAGCGUAGAUGCCGCUGAGUCUCAACGUGAGCCAUUCAAGAUCUGCCCGCUUCAGAUUCUGGUCAAGAAAGACUAUCCAAACUGAGCGAACGACGAUUCACUGUAUCCCUCUGCCGUAUGCACCCACAAAUUCUUGCAAAACAUGCAUAUCUUAACCAACACUGGGGCAGGAAAGAGAAGUUACUAUUUUUCAACAUUUGGAAAGUGAAAACUUUCCCAGCAGAAAUAACACUGUGAGGCCAGAAGAGGUGGGUGUCUUAAGCUGUGGAUUUGGGGGUGCCAUUAAGAUUUGAUCCAUUGUGGAAGUUCUGCACAAGCCUCCUUGUAACGAAGGGGAGGGGCACGGGAACAACAUGGUUCUUUGUCAGGAGAAACCUUGCCAUGUGCAGAUGAAUGAGGAGGUGACCCUGUUAAAUGUGUGUGUUUGUGUAAGGGGCUGUGUUUUAACUCAUAGUGCAGUCCACUCCCAACCAAUUAAUGUAGGGACUUAAGCGUGAGCAUGACAGCACAUGUAUGAGAUUAGUCUAGCAUGCUGCAGCCUAUGCUUUGGGAUAGUGGUUAUGGAAAGGGAGGAGGCGGGCUGUCAUAAUGGUGCGGACGGAGGAAUACUGCAAGAUGCUUUAUUUCUGCCUAACCAUCUGGCAGAAGCCUAUCCCUGUUGCCUCUCUAGAGCAGCAGAGGAGGUUCUAAUUAAACCCUAAUAAUCAAACCAUCUCCUACUCUGCACCAGGCAUAGCAAAAGAUUUAUAGGUACUGGGAAAAGGCAAGACAAGGUGGUUUCUGAUUGGCUGUGACCUGUCAGCAUUAUGUCACCACCACCCAAUCAAAAGAUACCACCUCCCCACUGAGCAUGUGUUGGAAGUCUAGGCAGGGAAUUAACCCUUUUGUGGCUUUUGACUUUGGAGAUGUCUAGUUACUUCCUCUUCACUGUCAUAGCUUAGACUCAGAGAGUGAAUUAUUCCAUAUGUUUGCAACUCUUGUAUCUCCUGACGAAGGAGUUGUAUUUAAAAAAAAAAAAAAAGCUGCACGGCAGGCAGAUAUUCCAUCAUGUGAAAUUUCUUUCCCAACCCUGUCAGUGAUGGCUCAUUUGGAGCAGGAAAAGCACCCCCUCUCAAAAUCAAAACAAGCCACAACACUUUGUUUGGAACACCAUAGCUUGGGGAGGAUGCUGUUUGUGGUAUGGAGAUGCACCAAACCAAAUGUGUCUGCUGUGAUGCAUCAAAUUAAAUUCUCCUUUGAAAUGGCAUUGGCAGCUUUUUAACCAGCAAGUGAGCCUUUAAAAGUGAGCUGUGAGUGAUCUAGAUACAUUAGCCUUUGCUAAUGCGUGGCUGCAUGCUGUGAAAAGUGACAAGUUUUUCUUAGGUUGCUGUUAAAAACACAGGAACAGGCAAAAACUGGGUUUUUCAGGUCAGUUGGCAAUCCCAUUUGGGAUUGUCCCAGUGGAGGUAUUUUAUUCAUUUGUGGGGUCUGGUUGCCAUAUUUGGGGCUGUAAAAAGAAUGUUAUUUCAGGACAGUCAGUCUACCCAGCCCCUUCCUGCCUUAUUUGCAUGCAGCUUUGCUCACUCUGCUGACACAGCUUAAGUUCUGCAGGCACCAUUUUGCAAUUCAUCUGCUGUCUUGUGGUACAGAUUUUUUUUUUUAUGGGGAAUGGAUACUUCUGCCUAUCAGUGUAUUGUCCAGAGCAUUGUACAAAAAUGUUUAUAUUCAAAAUAAAACGAUGUACUAAAGAAGAUUGGCAUUGUGAUAAAAAUAAGUUCUUGUGUAACCUUCCAA